AUGGCUAUCGUAGAAGACGAAGUGAGAAAUGAAUCGGAGGAAGAGAGUGAAAUAGGUGUGAUUUUAGCGGAGGAAGAAGCCGAUGCAGGAGACGACCCGGAUGACUCCGACAUCGAAUUGGAAGAAGAAGAAGAUGACGAUGAAGAAUUAAUUUUGGAAAAGAGGGUGUUACGAUUGGAGAGCUGUAUUGAAAAGAAUCCUAAUAACUACCUUGACCACCUGGACCUCAUUCAGACUUUGUGGGGUCUGUCAUCUCUGGAGCGUUGGCGAGUGGCGUUUGAUAGACUGCAGCAAGUGAGGAAGCUGAAGCCUGAGGACUGGCUGAUGCGGCUUCAGACUGAGGUGUCCCUGGCCCACAAUGACGAGGCCCGCGAACGCGUCGCCAAACUGUUCCAGGAUGCUGCUAUAGAUUGCUACUCCAUCCCGAUUCUGAGUGAGUGGUGUUCCUGGGCACUGACUGUGGAGCCGGCUGACAAGGCGCGUGAACAGUUGGAAGAAGUUUUAAGACGCGCUGGUGCUGACCCCUUCUCUGGGAAGAUCUUCUGGGAUGCCAAGUUUGAACUGGAGAAAAAUCAGCUGGACAACUUGAGUGAGGAAGACCCAGAAUACAAGGCUCAGAAAGAGCGAAUGCUCUGGUGCCUGGAGGAGGCGGUGUCCAGACCUCUUCUAAGAGGGGAGGAGGCAUUACAGCAGAUGGAGGAAAUUGCACUCUCCUUGCACAGCCAGGAUUAUGUUGAUAAGGUGAAAAAGCAACACGAAUAUGCAGUAGAAUUCCUUCACAGGAUAUCUCCGUUUGAAGACCAGUUGCUGACUCUUGAUUCUCCAAAGGAGAAAUCGAAAGUGUACUUGAAUUACGUAAAAACUUUGAAGAAACUGGCUUUGAACAAGAGAUACGCAGAGUGCGACACCAGUGGGAUAUUGCGGGUGGUAUACGACCGUGCGACAACAGAGUGUGGAUCAGAGGGUUCCCAGUUAUUCAUGGGGUUCGCGUCUCACGUCCGCGCGCGCUCGUCCCGCGCCACGUACGUGCGCGUGCUGGCCUCGCUGCGGCGCCGCGCGCCCACGCGAGCCCUGCCCUGGGAACUUACCAUGCAACAGGCUGAGAAGGAUGGAGAGAGCUUUGAACAGAUAAAGACUAUAUUCGAGACAGCUUUAGCGAAAGGAAUGAGUUCGUUCAGUCAGAGCGAGGAGUUAUGGUUAAGCUACCUGGAAUAUCUACGUCGCAUCUCCGAUUUUAACAAUGAAAAGGAUGUAGACAGACUGCGGAGAACAUUUAGACUCGCUUGGGAUACGUUGGCGGAGACGUAUAGCGAAGCAGCGGACGACAGUGAGGUUCCAAUAUUUUGGGCACGACUUGAAUAUAAGAUGCUGAACGAUCCAAAGCAAGGCCGAAUGAUCUUUGAAGAAAUACUCAAUAUCGGCGAUAACAAAACAGUAUCUAAGUUCUGGGAAGUGCUGUUAGCAUUGGAAUUUGAUAGGAAGCCGCGACCUUCAGACCAGAAACUUCGUGAUUUAAUGAAGCGGGCUCUAAAAAACGUACAGGACUUCCCGCCCGUCAUCAUUAGGAUGUGGACCGCGUUUGAGAGAGAUUAUGGAACUAUUGAGACUUUGCAAGAGUGCAAGGAAAUUUGUCAGCGAAGACUCAAGGAUUGGCACGGAGAAUAUGAGGAAAUGAGAAACACAAUGCUAGGAAAGAAAGGCUCGGAUGGAAACUCAAAAGCAUCGAAGAAGCCGUCGGUUGACAAGAUAAUUAAAGGAGGCCCAAAAAAAGGUAAAAGGAAGUUGGAUGGAGGGGACGGUGGGGGUCAGACGAAACGGAAGAAGGAGGAGAAGAUGGAAGUGGAUGUGGAUGAGAAGGAGGAGAGUAAAGAAGAUAAUGGAGUGAAGCGGACUCAUGAGGACGGAGAUGAGGAAGUUGGUGAGAGUAAGCGACAACGUACAAACAGCUCGAGCCCGCAUAGACUCGGCACGAGAGAUGCCUGUACGCUCUUCAUCAGCAACCUCGAAUUCAAAGUGGACGAACAAAAGCUUCGCGACAUUCUGUCACAGUACGGAGAUAUCAUCUCGCUGCGAGUGCGGAAGGGGAUCAAAGCGUUCGGGGGCUCCAUCUGCUAUUGUCAGUAUAAGACUCCAGAAGCAGUAGAUGAAGCUAUAAAACACGAUAGGAUCCCUCUGGACGGGCGACCAAUGUUCCUCUCGCGGUACACAGCCAAGAAAUCGAAACCCACGUUCAAAUACUCGACGGAAGAAGAAAAGAACAAGUUGUUCGUGAAGAACCUUCCGUUCGCGAACUGCACUAAGGAUGCACUCGCCGAAGUCUUCGAUAAGUACGGCAAGCUCAAGGAUGUACGGGUUGUGACGCACAAGGACGGCAAACCAAAGGGUCUAGCAUACAUAGAGUAUGAAGACGAGGCAGCGGCUGCUGAAGCUGUGUCGAAGGUGAACGGAAUGAUGCUGGGAGACAGGAAGCUGGACGUGGCCUUCAGCGCGCCUCCGCCGCGACAGUCAGGGUCCGCGGCCGGUGAUGGGCCGGCACUGGGACAAGCAAAGCGGGACGCGGGGGGUGGCAUGCGACGAACGCAGCUCAGCAGUUUCAUCCCGAGCGUGCUACAGAAGGCCACGGCGAGUACAUCGCAACCACAACCUUCCACCAGCACUGCCACGUCAACAAACGGUAGCCAUAGCAACGCAGACGAGAAGCGACCACUCAGCAACAGCGACUUCAGGAGCAUGCUACUCAAAAAGCAAUAA